ACAGGGUUGCCACCACCAAUACUCGGGCCAGGACAGGAACCGAUACUCCCAAUCCAGAUGGGAAUAGACAGGAGCGCCCUAUUUCAGAAUAUGUCAAGUACAUCACCUUCAUAUUCAGAGCUUCAAAUUUCAAUAAUUUUGUUUUAGUCAGAAGUCUACGAGCCCAAGUUGGAUCAAGAACACUCCAAUCGGUUGAGAAAGGUAAUAUAUCAUAUCUAGAAUGGUCAAGACAAUAUCAGACAGAAUCAGGACAUGACAAAUAUCGAAGAAGAGAAGCUAAGUGUAAGUUGAGUCUGACUCCGCGUUUGAGGAAAGGCAUAAAAAUCGGGAAAAAGAAACGUUUGAGUAUGGGGUACGCGUCCUUGCCGAAUACGUGCAAUGCUGUUGAGCAAGUUGCUCUUGCAGAGAUAUCCCAAGUUUCGCGUUUGAUAAUACUUACAAAUGCAGGACAAGGAGAAAAUGUGCGA